AUGGAUGGGCAGGACGUUGAUGACCCGCCGAUCGGACAGGAAGGUUGCAGUGCGGGGGUGGGGAUGAGGCCGGAGAUGGACUGGACCCGGAGGACUGAGCUGCGGCGGCGGACGAGGACUCGUGUACGGUAUCAAUACACAGUCAAGUCACCAAGUCUCAGAGUCAAUCCUCCAACUAGUGAGAACUUCCCAGCGAUCACCAUGCGUCAUAGCGGCAGCUCCGGUCAGGCCAGACGGCGACAGUCAGACGAACGAGAUGGUGGCCCAGUUCCGGACAAUCCGUCAGUCAACACACCCUUCAUCCAAUGCUGGUCCAGCAUCCAGGGAGCUACACGGCAGCUUGGGGCUUUGCCCAGUUACGCUGCUCAAUUUGCGAUUGAGCUAGUUGGAGUUCCAUGGAAGCCUAGACACUUGCCUCGCACGACAUUGCAUGAGAAACCGGGGGACAAACGUAUGAUCCCCCAUUCCGGAUUCCUGUUCGAUCCCCCAUCUAUCGCCAACUGCGAUCCCAGACUUCGAUAUUACCCCUCCCGGGUAGUCUCGCAUGCCCUGCUUUGA